AUGGCUGAGAGUUUGCCUCCCAAGAGGGACAGCACCUCCAAGAGGGAUGAUGACGCCCCCGUCCUCAAGUCCGUCUCGAAUCAGCAAGCCCCCAUCAACGCCUCGGGACACGUCCAAGAGCUUCAGCAAAACUUCAACCUCCUGUCCCUAGCCGGCGUCGGACUCGUCGUCGGAAACGUCUGGCCUGCUAUCGGCGGCUCCAUCCUCGUUGCCAUCUUCAACGGCGGACCUCCCGGCGUCCUCUACGAGUUCAUCGUCGUUUCCGUGUUUUACUGGACUGUUGCCGCUAGCAUCGCCGAGCUUGCCAGCGCUAUCCCUUCGUCUGCUGGAGUUUAUCACUGGGCAUCUGUGACUCCUGGUCCGCGAUGGGGUAGGAUGAUAGGUUUCUUUGCUGGGUGGUGGAACUAUCUCGCCUGGGUUCUCGGAUGCGCCAGCAUGUCUUCGAUUCUUUCAAACACCCUCGUCCAGAUGUACGCCCUCAACCAUGCCGAUUUCAUCGCCGAGUCGUGGCACGUCUUUGUCACAUAUAUCAUCACCACGUGGAUCGCCUGCGCUUGCGUCUGCUUGGCCAACAGUGCCAUGCCCAACUUGAACAAGUUUGGAGUGUUUAUCAUCCUGGCUGGUUUCAUCAUCACUAUCAUUGUUGUUACAGUCAUGCCCGGUCGAGGUGGACGACCUCCGCAUGCGUCUUCGGCGUUUGUGUGGAAAGAUUGGGUUGCUGAUAUUGGAUAUCCGAAUGGCUUCGUUUUCGUUGCCGGCAUGCUCAACGGAGCUUUCAGUGUUGGACCCGUGGACGCAGUUACACAUUUGGCCGAGGAAAUUCCAGACCCUCAGCGCAACGUCCCUAUCGCUCUUCUCCUCCAGGUCGCAACUGGUUUCGUCACUGGACUCUGCUAUCUCAUCGCCAUCAUGUACGCCAUCAACGACUACGACGCCCUUUUCGAAUCGGCUUACCCUAUCGCUGAGAUCUAUCACCAAGCCACUGGUUCAGCUGCAGGUGCAACUGGCCUGUUGUCAUUGGUCAUGAUCUGCAUCUCUCUUACAGUUGUCGGUCUGUACAUUACCUGCGGCCGAACGCUCUGGGCUCUGGCUCGAGAUGGAGCCACUCCCUUCCCUGGAGUUCUCGGCCAUGUUCACGAGAAGCUCGAUAUGCCUCUGUGGUCGACUCUCGCAACGGGUGCCUUGGUGACAGUGCUAGGUGCCAUCUACGUCGGAAGCACAACGGCGUUUAACGCCUUUGUCGGUAGCUUCAUCCUCCUCUCGAGCAGCUCAUUCUUGGCGUGCAUCCUACCAAACCUCUUGACUGGACGCAAAAACAUUACAUACGGACCAUUCAAGAUGCGCGGGCUUGUGGGCUUUGUCAUCAACAGCGUUGCAUGCGCCUACAUGCUCAUUUGGGGCGUCAUCUACUGCUUCCCUUAUGCGCUGCCUACAGACGCACAGAGCAUGAAUUACACAUGCGUGAUCUGGGGUGGUCUGACGUUCCUCGUCGGCGCCUGGUGGUUUGGAAGCGCGCGGAAGGGAUACCAGGGGCCCACGGCUACAGGUGCUGUGGUGCCUGGAAUGGCGGUUGAUCCAGCUUGA